UCCAUCACCAGUCAUCUACAACCAUUCUUGAUCCCGCUCUCGACAAUCCUGGAUACCAGGACAGCCCACAACCACACCAGUCGGCCAUCUUGCCCAUCGUAACCACAUCACCGGUACCGCGCCUCCGGAACACCGACUCGCCACCGCCCCGCCGUCACUUGAGUGCACCCCGUCCACUCCGUCAUCCGCCACCGCCAUGCCAUGUUCUCCCUACCCUCAUUUAUAACCUCCAUCCCCUUCGCCCUCCCCUCCCUCCCCUCCAUCUCGCUCCCUGCCAACAUACAGCGCCGCUUCCUUUCCUAUGUCCUCAAGCGUACGCUCGGCAGGUUUGUCCUCCAUCAGGCGUUGGAUGCCGAACGGAUCCAAGCGCAGGUCAGCGCGGGGCGGGUAGAACUCGAGGAGCUGCAGGUUGAUUCGGCGGAGAUAAACAGCUACAUCCCGCCCAAUGUACCGCUCACUCUGACGAGUGGCUCGCUCGGGCGCCUCACAGCCCGCCUCCCCUUCCCCAAUCUCUGGUCAGACCCCCUGAGCGUAUCUCUGGAUACACUCACACUCGACUUUACCCUCGCCUCCCCUUCUCCUUUAUCGCACGGAAAGGCAUCAUCACACCCCGCCGCCGACCACCACGACCUUGCCGAAUCGGUUACCUCCGCUGCCGAUGAUUUCUUGCACCACGAGCUGGAUGCGUAUGAAGAGAAGGAGCUGGAGGGGUCGAUCAGACAGAGCUUGAUCUUGUCGCAGACGGAUCCAUUCGAGAGCGAUCUGCCAGGAGGGUUCCCUUCGAGUCUACCGACCGGCCAUAUCAGCCCCGGGCAACCGUUACCAGCAGAUAUCGAAAGCACGACUGUCCUCGCGGGGAUGGUUGAGCGGAUACUGGCGAGGCUCGACCUCAAGGUGGAGAAUGUCGUGAUACGUGUCAAGAUUGAAGGCGAAGAGGAAGGCGUAGUUGAGCUGCGCAUUCGCAAAGUUCAGUAUGCGGAUGAAAGCGAGGCGCAGUUGGCGGAGGGGUGUACCACACGAUCAAUUCGCAUUUCUGGCGUCGACAUUGUCUCGGUCCCUUCAUUCCCUCCUCCCUCCUCUCCCCGCGUUUCUCGGCAGCAGCCGCGCACGUCCUCAGUCUCUUCUGGCUCGUCGAAAGCUUCUUCAUCGGACGACGACUCGGCAGACAUGUACAUGUCUCAAGCCGUCGCGGACUUGCGGGAAAGUCUGGCGGACGUCAGACUCUCCCUUAUGGAGUCGUCCUCAUCAUCGGAAGACGAGCCGAGUGUGUACGAAAGCGCGCUCUUCCAUAGUGCUAUCGAAGAGCAGCCCGGGCUGUCGGGGAUCCCAAAUAUGCCACCGGCGGGUAGCUCGAGCUCUGAUACGGAGGACGAGGGUUCCCGAUCCGCUACGCCCACGCCCGAGGCAAAGUCUCAGCCCAGAUCGCCUUUACCAGCAACACCCAUCCUCAGCUUUGGCCAGGAGGAUAUUGUGCUUCGCAUGCGUACCACUCGCCCCUCGCCUCUCUUGAACGAGGCGGCACCUCAGUCAGCUUUACCAAAGGUUGAUGUAGAGGUUCUUGUGGGGACUGUCGCAGCUGUCAUCUUGCCUUCUCAACUACGUCUCUUGAUAUGUGCCUUGCAGAGCCUGUCGCAAACCGAGCCCAGUACUGAAGAACCGCUUUCUACCACCAAAAGCCAACCUCGCAUGACGGUCAUCAACCGUAUCAAGUCUUUCCAGCUUAUCGCAGUGUACGAUCUCUCUGCCCCCCAGUCUCCCCAGCUCUUCAAAGCUCUCGACACUCACUUUGCGAGACCGGCCUCGUCCUUGCCUUUCAAUCACCUUCGUUUCAAAUUGGAGCAGCUGGAGGCGAUAUACACAAGUCAAGGGCAGGCGGGACCUCGUCCAGUGUGCGCUAUGAGCUCGGCUCCUGCGGCGGCUGGUCUCAGGAGGCGCUCGUCGGCACACGCCAGGUUCGGCCCGGCGCCCACUUCACUUUCCGUGACUGUCCAAGACAUGUCGCUGCUCGAGCAUUUCAUCCCUAGAGAUAGUGCUAGUGAAGAAGGCGUGGCGCUCCCGAUAGUCCUCUUUGACCCGGGUUUGGCAAGGCAGUACGACUUGCCCACUUUGCGCGCCAGACAGUCGGCCAUGCCUGAAUUUGAGAGCAUGGACUGGCGCGCGCCGAGAAGGUCUGGGGUGGAGAGGCAGUGGAAAGUGAGGCAGAGAGGAAGAGGGAUUUUGAAAGAUGCCAAGAAGGUGGAAGAAGGACCGGUGGUGGUUCUCGAGAAGGACUCUGGAGCGGCGGUGGUCACUCUGCUACCCGUACAUGUUUUCCUCGACUUGUCUCUGGUGGAACGCCUUCUGCCUUUACUGCGCGCUACCACACCGCUCAUCCACAAGACUGAGCCUGCUCCGCCAUCAUACCCCGCUUUGAAUCAGGAAGUGACUCCCGAGUCUAUCAUUUCCUCCCUGUCCGCCCCCUCUCCCUCAAAGUCGUCAAACACCAAGGCAGAAAUUCGGUGCAGUAUGCUUCGGCUGGAUGUGCGGUGCCCGGAACCGCCGCCCGAGGGGGUGGAGAGAGAAGCAUGGAGUGAAGGGUCUGGAUUGAGGUCUGGAAUCUUUAGCGUGGAUGUGCAUGGGUUGGGGGUCAAGCUUCUACAUGGCCGCGACAACGGGCAUCAAGGAAAAGAGGUAGCAAAGGUGGAGUUUGAAAGUACCUUGUUCUUCUUUGCGCCUGCAGGACAGCGUAAUGCGUGUGCAUUCCUCGCGCUCUCGCCUCUCACGCCCGAUCCGGACGAAGACGAUGUGCCGCUCCUCCCGUCGGUCUCUGUCUCAACCGUCGCGUCUUCCCCUCUCACCGACGCUUCCUCGCCAAAAACAACACUUGUCACUUGCAAGAUCCCGGCCAUACAUUCGUCCCUGCAUCGCUCUCUCGUCGUCGGUCUGCAGUACUUUGCGGAUGACACUACCCGUUGGCUGGACGGCACAUUCUCCGAUGGGUCUGCCAGGCCGCGGGACGAGCUCAAGAUGAUUGGGAGCCGCUUUUUCGGCGGUUCGAAAGGGAGCGAGGCGAGCAGUGAGGUGGAAGAGGAAGAAGAGGGGAAGGGUGCGGGUCUGCGAGUAGCGGUGGAAAUCAACGAGGUCGACGUGGGGCUGUUUGUUCCUCGGCUGGAAGAUGGAGGAGGAGAGAGAAUGUUUAGCCUCAAAGCAAGCGAUCUGGAUGUGCGAAUGGAGACAAACCCGGUCAAGAACGAGACGGCGCUGACCGUCUCGGUGAUGGAUUUGGACUUUUCCGAUGUGUCAUCCGAGACGUCGAGGCGUAUUCUUGGUCGUACUACGCCAUUCACUCUGACUUCCCACCAAGCACCAAUCGUUUAUAUCCGAUUCGUGUCCUCUACCGAUCGGCUCACGACAAUGAAGGAGAGCAACAUCUCACUUACCCUCUCGCACUUUACGUUUGCGAUUCACAAAGAGAUCAUCUGGCUGCACGAAUUGCUGGCGUUCAUCAAGCCUCCCGAGGGAGUCUUUGAGAACCUUUCCCCGACAGAUGUGACCAAGCUCAGUGUCAGCUUGUCAUCGGCGUCCGUCUUACUUGUACCGCCAAACGUGCCGGGAUCAAUCGUCAUCAUCGCUAGGGAAGUUGAGGGUUGGACAGAGAUGCGGAGGGGUGCCGAGGAGAACCCGAUACACGUCGGGAUCGGAGGAAUGGGUGCUCUGGCUAUCGAAGGGGACAGCGGACCUCUAGAGGUCGCCGGAAGCUUGAGUGACAUAUGGAAGAAAGCAGGUCAUGCUCAGCUGAUUGAAGUGACGGUUUUGGAGCUGCAGUUGCUACGACGAAUGGCGGAGCUUGGUGAGACAUCACUUGAUAUCACCGAUGCCCAAUUCAAGGUCACUGCUUGUGCAGACUCCUUGGCCUCAUUUGGCGAGCUCGCAACCGACUUUGGCAAGCUCUUCCCUAAUGAAAAGCUGGUACCCAUCAAAUCUCCAGCGCUCCAAGAAUCGAUCAACGUAUUUGGGUCCCUGGAUGAGGAUGCUUUCAACGUUGUCCCCGAAAUUGUGUCGCACGCCGAUGCCGACAUGAUCGAUGAUGAUUUGCCUCAAAACCUGGAUUACCUGGAUCACGCCACCCGCGUGCCGAAACACAAACCAAGCCUGGAUAGCUCCACUGGAGAAAGCUUGCGGACUUGGGAGAGCACGGGUGCACACGGAGAAGAUGAUCACUGGGGCCAUGGAGAAGAGGCCGAAACCGUGAGGGUUUUUGCGGGAAAGGUGCAAGAGGAGCAGGGGUAUUGGGAAGGGCUUCCAGUGCUCAACAAUGGAUUCUCUGCCGACGAACUUCCCGGUAAGACUCGCGUGCGAGUCCAUCGGGCCAGUCUCAAGCUCAUGCUUUACGACGGCUAUGACUGGUCUCGCACCAGAAAGGUCAUUGAAGAUGAAGUUCGAGCCGUUCGUCGCCGUCUAGAGCGCAUCCGACAGCUCCUCGCAUCUGGCCAGAAGGCCGAUGAAUCUAUCGAGCGCGCUGCCAGCAGCGUUCUAUUCAACUCUGUCUACGUCGGCCUGGAUCCUCAAAAAGCUUCAGAUAUGAACCUUUCUGGGAUGGGGAUGGGCAAGAUGGACGAUAAAGCUCUCUUGGCUGCCAUCGAUGAAGAGUUGGAUGACAUGGAGACUGAAAGUCAAAGCUCUUGGCAGACCUUACCAGCUGGCGUUGGUGCUGGCGCGGGGGUCGUGCAUCAUGCCAAAAAGGUCAAACUGAAAGGGAAGAGGCUCACGAGGUCCAAGAAGCCUCAAAUCGAGAUCACGGUCUCAGAUAUCAAGGCUGACGUCGACCUCUAUGGACCCGGAGAGGCGACAUCCUCUCGCGUCCACUUUACAGCCAAAGAACUGGAAAUCCUCGAUCAUAUCAAGACGUCGACUUGGAAAAAGUUCUUGACCGAGCUCAAAUCAGACAAUCGAGGCAACAUCCGAGAAACGGAUGCCGACAUGCUUCGACUUGAGCUAGUCGGCGUGAGGCUUCAGGAAGGAGAGGAGGAACUGCGUCUGAGGCUCAAGAUCCUUCCUUUGCGUUUACACGUUGAUCAAGAUGCGCUUGAUUUCCUCAAGCGAUUUUUCAGCUUCAAAGCGCCCUCCCUCGCUUCUCAACAGCCGCCCAAUCCCUCCCCGGCCUCACCUACGAAUCCCUCUCCCCACCCCUCCUCUGGCCCAUACUUCCAGCAUGUCGAGAUAUAUCCCAUUCAACUCAAGCUGGACUACAAGCCAAAGCGUGUCGAUUACAAAGCUCUUCGAGAGGGAAAGACCAUCGAGUUGAUGAACUUUUUCCACUUUGAGGGUGCCGAGAUGACCCUUCGCCAUGUUACUCUUUCGGGUAUCAGUGGUCUGGAGCGCUUGGGGACGACAUUGCAAGAUCUUUGGACACCAGACGUCAAAGCCAACCAAUUGGCCGAUGUCAUAUCUGGGGUGUCUCCCAUCCGCUCCAUGGUCAACGUCGGCUCUGGCGUGGCAGACCUGAUCUUGCUGCCCAUUGAGCAGUACCGCAAAGAUGGUCGUAUCGCUAAAGGCGUUCAGAGGGGUACCAACAGCUUUGUCAAGUCCACAGCAUUGGAGAUGAUGAAGCUUGGUGCUCGACUGGCCACUUGUACACAGGUCGUCCUCGAACGUGCCGAAGGCAUGCUGGGAGGCCAGGCAGGCGAAGAGGUCAUUGCGCAGAGUUUGCCUAUGGAUGAUGAUUUUGGGAUCGAUAGCGGACUGUUAGGGACGGGCUCGAGUAGCGAGGAUGAGAGUGAGAUGGUCAGCCGCUACGCGAGCCAACCUGAGAAUGCGAGAGAAGGCGUUCAGGCGGCCUAUGCAAGCUUGUCCAAGAAUGUCAACGCGGCAGCUCAAACUAUCUUGGCGGUUCCCAUGGAGGUUUACGAGCGAUCCGGAGAUGAUGGCCCUCUCAAGGCUGUGGUCAGAGCCGUUCCUAUCGCCGUUUUGAAACCCAUGAUCGGUACCACCGAGGCCGUCUCAAAGACCCUUCUGGGUAUGCGAAACAGUCUUGAUCCCUCUGCAAGACGCGAGUUGGGUGACAAGUAUAAGUAGAAGUCUUGGCCUUAUGUUGUAUAAACUUAUGUAGUCGUUGUCUUAUGUGUCCAUAUACGAAUCUUAUGACCAUUGUAUGCAUUUAUAGCGCUGCG